AUGGAAACUUCUUCAAUUGGUUCAUUGAUUGGCCCAAAACCUGAACCUGUUAUACCUACAAAUAAUGCAUUGAAAUCAUGUCUUAUUCUUCUACUUUUUUUUACUACCUUUAUGGCAUCUAUGGGUGCAUUUGCAUUAAAAAAACUUGCCUUAUCAACAAACAAUAGUUGGAUGAAGGCUGUUUUUUCAUCUGUUUCUUGUUUUGGCGCAGGUGUUUUUUUAGGAACGUGUUUAUUGGAUCUUUUGCCGGAUUCUAUUGAGGCUAUUAAUAAAGGAGAAAAAUUACUUAAGUGGGAUAAUGAAUUUCCUAUAGCUGAAGCAUGUGUGGCUUUUGGAUUUUUACUUAUUUUAACUAUUGAACAAAUGAUACUAUUUUUAAAAGAAUCAGGAUUUAUUAGUUCAAACUCAAUGGAUCUUUUCUCACAUGGUCAUUCACAUGAUGAUGGACCUUUACUAGAUGAUAUUGUUCAUGAUUCUUCAAUGCAAAAUAAUGAAUUAGAUAAUUUUGAAAGUCACUCAUCAAUGAGAGCUAUAUUAUUGGUAUUUGCCUUAUCAUUACAUGCGGUAUUUGAAGGUUUAUCAUUGGGUAUGCUAAUGGAAGUUAAUGUACUUUUGCAAGUUUUUGGUGCUUUAUUUAUUCACAAAACAUUAAUUGGUUUUUCUCUCGGUAUAAGAUUAGUACAAUCACAUUUAAAAACUGUAACAAUUAUUAUGUGCUGUACAGUAUUUGCUGGAAUGGUUUUAAUUGGAGGAUUUUUCGGGUUAGCUGUAAUAAAAAUAUUAAAUCAUGGUAGUAGAGCAACUGCAUCAAUGGUUUCUGGAACACUUCAAGCUGUAGCAUGCGGGACAUUUUUGUAUAUUACGUGUUUUGAAAUUUUACCACAUGAAUUAAAUCAAAAAGGUUAUAGAAAUUAUAAAAUGAUAUGCUUGUACUUAGGAUUUUGUGUAAUAGCAUUCUUUAUUUAUUUGUUUCCAGAUUCCGAUGAUGAUAAUAUGUAG